AUGACGAGCAAGACGAAGGCGGUGGUGCGACCAAGAUCGGCGCACCUCUCUCUCCUCUUCCUGCUCCUCCUUGCCCCGCCUUGUUCCGCGCAGGAGCAAGACGGCGGCGUCGCCCUCCACGGGAGCUUCGUCCGCUGCGUCGCGCGCCUCUCGCCGGCGACCGCCGAUCCGUCCCGGCUCGUCCACGCGCCGUCGGCCGCGUCCUACCCGUCCCUGCUCAACGCCACCAUCCAGAACCUCCGCUUCGCCUCGGCGCGGACGCCGCGCCCGGCGCUGCUCCUGACCCCGGCGACCGUCGCCGAGGCGCGGGCCUGCGUCGCCUGCUGCCGGCGCCACGGCCUCACGGUCCGCGCCCGCAGCGGCGGCCACGACUACGAGGGCCUCUCCUACCGCUCGGUCCUCCGGCCCGGAGCCGACGCUGGAGCCCGCUCCUUCGCCGUGGUCGACGUCGCCGCGCUCCGCGAUGUCCGCGUCGACGCCGCGCGCCGCGUGGCCCGUGUCGGGCCGGGCGCCACGCUCGGGGAGCUUUACUACGCCGUGGCGCGCGACAGCGACGGGGCGCUCGGGUUCCCCGCGGGGAUCUGCCCCACGGUCUGCGUGGGCGGCCACCUCAGCGGCGGCGGGUUCGGCCCCAUGAUGCGGAAGCACGGGCUCGGCGCGGACAACGUGGUGGACGCCGAGGUGGUGGACGCCGAAGGGAGGCUCCUGGAUCGCGCGGCCAUGGGCGAGGGCCUCUUCUGGGCGAUCCGCGGCGGCGGCGGCGGGAGCUUCGGCGUCGUGAUUUCCUGGACGGUGCGGCUGGUGCCCGUGCCGCGCGUCGUCUCCGCCUUCACCGUGCGCCGCCUCGUCCACCGCGGGGACCGACGACAGACCCAGGCGGCGGUCCGGCUCCUGGCGAAGUGGCAGCGCGUGGCGCACGCGCUCCCCGACGACCUGUUCGUGAAGGCGGCCAUGGAGCCGGAGCUCGACGGCGCCGGCGAGAGGCACCCGCUGGUGACGUUCAAGUCGCUGUUCCUCGGCAACUGCAGCGGGAUGGUCGCCGAGAUGAGCGCCCACCUACCGGAGCUCGGCGUCCGGGCGAGCGACUGCAGAGACAUGAGCUGGAUCCAGUCGAUGCUCUACUUCUACGGGUACACGGAGGCCGCGGAGGAGGUGCUCCUGGACCGGAGCCUGCAGCCCAAGGACUACUACAAGGUGAAGCUGGACUACGUGACGACCCCGAUCCAGGCGGCGGGGCUGGCGGGGCUCCUCGCCAGGGUCGUGGAGGACAGGGGCGGGUCCAUCGACGUGGACCCGCAGGGCGGCGCGAUGGGCGAGACGCCGGAGUCCGCCACGCCGUACGCGCACCGGCGAGGGUACCUGUACAACGUGCAGUACUUCGUCAAGUGGGGCGGCGACGCCAACGUGUCGUACGAGGACGCGCACCUGGCGUGGGUGCGGGGCGUGCACCGGUUCAUGACGCCGUACGCGAGCGCGAAGCCCCGGGCGGCGUACGUCAACUUCAGGGACCUGGACCUGGGGCAGAACGUGGAGGGGGAGACGACCUACGAGGCCGCCAGGGCGUGGGGGGAGAUGUACUUCAGGGGCAACUUCCGGAGGCUGGCCGUGGUGAAGGCCGAGGUGGAUCCCGACCAGGUGUUCUGGAGCGAGCAGAGCAUCCCUCCCCUGCUUGGGGUUGGGGAGGAGACAGGGGAACGGCACAGUCCGAGUGGGCUGCUUUCGGACAGUUGA